GGGGGAGGCGCGGCGGCGGCGGCGCGGAUGGACCCCGAGGCGGCGACGGAGCUGGCGCGGAAGGGCGUCACCCUCCUUCUCCUCGACGUGCCCCAGCACACCAUCCUCGGCCUCGACACGCAGGUGUUCUCGGUCGGUCCCAGGUUCAAAGGGAUCAAGAUGGUGCCUCCAGGGCCGCAUUUCGUCUACUACUGCUCCCCCAGCAGGCACGGGAGCGAGUUUGCACCUACUGUCGGAUUCUUUCUUACUACUCACCCAUCUGAGGUGGUCGUUCGAAAAUGGCAUGCUCAAGAGGAGAGAUUAGUGAAACUAUCAGAAGAGGAGGAAAUCAGAUACUCUGAAGCAGUGAAGCGUUUUGAGUUUGAUGAUCAUCUUGGACCAUACAAUUUGGAUACUUUUGGAGACUGGAAACAACUUUCAAGCUACUUGUCACAAAGUGUCAUUGAACGCCUUGAGCCAAUUGGAGGGGAAAUUACAAUUGCAUUGGAGACAUCAUGGAUGGAUAGAGCUCCCCAAACUGAUACGGAGAGACGAUUGAUGGAACAACUUAGAGAAGACAAGUUCGCAAAGAUUUCUCCCGCACAGCCUGAGCGGAGAGGAUGCUACUACACAACUAUCCCUGCUUCGGUUAAGCACAAGAAUAUCUCUGCGAAUGAGCUGACUUUGCUGAAUUUGGACAGAACAAGCUUGCUGGAGAGUGUUUUGGCCAAAAGCUAUCAAGACCAAGAAGAUUUGCUCUUGGGAGAGCUGCAGUUCUCUUUCAUAGCAUUUAUGAUGGGGCAGUCACUGGAGGCGUUCAUGCAGUGGAAAGCAUUAGUCAGUCUUCUUUUGAGCUGUAGCGAAGCUCCACUUCAUGCACGGACACAAAUGUUUGUGAAGUUUAUUAGGGUUAUUUACUAUCAAUUCAAGCAUGGCUUUCAACGGACACAUGAUUCCAGAAGUAGUGAGGACAAGGGCAACUCUUUGUUUCUGGAUGAAGCGUGGUUUUCAAGAGACAUAUUUCUGUACCGUCUUUCCAAGGAUUUCCUGGCAGUAAUACUUGAAGCCCCAGUUGUGGAUGGAGACCUUCUAUCAUGGGCUAGGAAGCUGAAGACACUCCUGGAGACCACGUUUGGAUGGGACCUCGAGAACAGUGCGGCGAACCUUAUCGACGAAGAUGACGAGUUUGCUCCUGUUGUCGUGGAGAUGGACGGGUCGUCGUAGGACGGACAUUCUGUGAAAUUUUUCAAGGAUGUGGUAUGACAGGGUGGCGUACUAUGAGAGGACAUGCUUUACCUUAGCAGCGGGGUACAUGUUUGGACCUUGGAGAUGGAGAUUAGUAAGGGAUUCUUAAGUUGGAUGCCUGCUUUGCAGCAUUAAUGGUUCCUAGCUGCAACUCAAGACACUGUAUCAUCUUGGAGCUCCGCCGUUUGGAUGUCAAGCCCUGUACCUUCACUUUCCAUAUUCGACCCCCUGUUGUAAUGACCUUAGGCAGUUAGGCCUUCCCUUUCUGAUCACGAAGAUGCCAUGUUUCACUUUGUGGUUUCUUUGUGUUCCUUGAUGACUUCCUAUGUGUAAAGUAAUUCCUUGAACUUUUUCUCCCGAAGCGUGCGAGGCUUCGCCAACCUAUAUAAGGUGAACCGUUUUUUUCAACGAUAAAUCCUUGAUUCCCACCCUA